UUCACCGGGCCGCUGCUUUUAUAAUAAGCUUUGCUGUUUUGCGUCCACUGUCUCUCUUCUCUACAAUGUGAUUAUAAUAAUAUAUUAAAAAACAAAUCCCUGAUAAAUGCUAUCUGAUCUCCCGCAAUCAUUUACCCUCUUCCUCUCUCUCAACUAGCCAAACAACCCCGCGGCUUUUCUUCUACUCCUUUUUGUUGGAUCAGAGAGAAUCAAACCCCAUGGUUGAAACCAGGCGCAGCUCGUCUUCCUCCAAGCGCUCCCUCUCCACCUCGUCUCCUCCCUCAUCUAAAAGAUCCAAGGCGACGGCAGUUACGGCUUCGGCAGAGGCUUCAUCCUCAAUCCAUGAUGAAACGGUGGCGAUGCCUGUUGAAACCCUAAUUCCUGAUAAGGAAUCCGGGUCUGCACCACGUGACCCUGAGCUGCAAUCUCCUGAUCCGCUGCUAACAGUCGCUUCGCAGUCUGCCCCUGCUGAUGCUGAGAAAUCUUUUGAUUUCGAAGCCCCACAGCCUCUAGGUGAAACUAUCAUGAAUGGUGACGUCCCUGCCUUUAAUAGGACAAAGAAGCGGCCAACCAAGUCCACCCCAACAAAACCUGCUAAACUGACCGACAACAACCUUGCGUGGGGCAAGCUGCUUUCCCAGUGCUCGCAGUACCCUCACAGGGAAAUGCGUGGCACACUUUUUACUGUUGGUCAAAACCGUAGUUGCGAUUUAGUGCUCAAUGAUCCAUCCAUCAGUGGCAUUUUGUGUAAACUAAGACAAUUAGAGAAUGGAGGUGCAUCUGCUGCCUUAUUGGAAGUCACUGGAUGUAAAGGAGCAGUCCAAGUUAAUGGUAAACUCUUACAAAAACCAGGCAUGAUAGUGAUUAAUGGAGGCGAUGAAGUGGUAUUCAGUUCUUCUGGCAAACAUGCUUAUAUUUUUCAGCAGCUGACCAAUGAUAGCUCAAGUGCUCCAGGUUCAGUAAAUAUCUUAGAAGCUCGAGGUGCCCCACUAAAAGGGCUUCAGAUUGAAGCAAGAUCCGGUGAUCCCUCGGCUUUUGCAGGAGCAUCAAUACUGGCCUCUUUAUCUGAUUUUCAAAAAGAUUUAUCUCUUCUAUCGCCUCCUGCCAAAGCUGGUGAGGAUAUUCAUCAAAAUACUGAUAUUUCCACUGUACCUUCUGUUUGUGGACCACCUGAUGAUUGCAUUCCUCAAGAUGACAUGAAGGAUAGCACAAGUAAUAAUGAGCUGCCUAGCUUAUCUUCGAGGGAAAAAACUAUUGUUCCAUCCUCUAAUUCAGCCAGUCAAAAUCCUAAUCUUGAUAGUGUUGGACCGGAUGCUACAGUUGAUGCAGGAAACAGAAAGAUUGCUGGGUCAGCCUAUGAAUUAAGGCCUCUCUUUCGGAUACUUGCAGGUUCUCCUGAAUUUGAUUUAAGUAGCAUUUCCAAAAUACUUGAUGAGCGAAGGGAAAUAAGAGAACUCCUCAAUGUUCUAGAUCCUCCAACAAUUCUGAUGUCAACCAGACGGCAGGCAUAUAAAGACAGUUUACAAAAGGGAAUUCUAAAUCCUGAAGGCAUUGAUGUCACAUUCGACAGUUUUCCAUAUUAUCUGAGUGAUACAACAAAGAAAGUUUUGAUAGGUGCUGCAUUCAUUCACUUAAAGUGUGACAAAAAAGUUCCAAAGCUUUCCUGUGAUCUUUCCACUGUGUCCCCACGCGUAUUAUUAUCUGGUCCUGCAGGAUCGGAAAUAUAUCAGGAGACUCUGGUAAAGGCACUUGCCAAAGAUAUCAGUGCUAGACUUCUAGUCAUUGAUUCACUUCUGUUGCCCGGUGUAAGCUUCUUUAAUGGCAGAGCUAAGGGGUCAACACCCAAAGAAGCUGACUCUGCGAAAGAAAGUACAAAGCCUGAAAGAACGUCAGUUUUCGCCAAACGAGCUGUCCAGGCUGCAUUUCAUCAUAAGAAACCAACUUCUAGUGUUGAGGCUGAUAUUACCGGUGGCUCCACAACAAGCUCUCAGGGUCUGCCAAAGCAGGAAACUUCUACUGCAUCAUCCAAAAUCUACACAUUUAAAGAAGGUGAUAGAGUAAAGUUUGUUGGGAUACCUUCUCUGCACAAUCCUCCAAGAGGACCGGCAGCUGGCUUUAGAGGCAAGGUAGUCCUUGCUUUUGAAGAAAAUGGAUCCUCAAAGAUUGGUGUUAGAUUUGAUAGAUCUAUUCCAGAAGGCAAUGACCUUGGUGGUCUCUGUGAGGAAGACCAUGGUUAUUUUUGUGCUGCUAAUUCACUUCGCUUGGAUGGACCUGGAGGUGAAGAUGUUGAUAGGCUUGCUAUUAAUGAACUCUUUGAGGUUGCUCUAAAUGAAAGUAAACAGGGUCCCUUGAUAUUGUUUUUGAAAGACAUAGAAAAGUCUCUGGUGGGGAAUCAAGAUGCAUACACUGCCUUAAGGAGUAAGUUUGAAAAUUUGCCCGAUAGAGUUACUGUAAUUGGUUCACAUACUCAAAUGGACAGUCGUAAGGAGAAGUCUCAACCUGGUGGCCUUUUAUUUACAAAGUUUGGAAGCAACCACACUGCUUUACUUGAUCUUGCAUUCCCGGAUAACUUUGGUCGACUGCAUGAUAGAAGUAAGGAAACUCCUAAAACUAUGAAGCAGCUGGGACGGCUUUUCCCUAACAAAGUGACAAUACAGCUGCCUCAGGAUGAAGCUUUGCUUUUGGACUGGAAGCAGCAGUUGGAGCAUGAUAUUGAAACUCUGAAAGCACAGGCCAACAUUGUUAGCAUUCGUUCGGUCCUCAGCCGAGUUGGUUUGUGUUGCCCUGACCUUGAGACACUGUGUAUUAAAGAUCAAGCCCUUACAACUGAAAGCGUAGAAAAAAUUGUUGGUUGGGCUCUAAGUUACCACUUUAUGCAUUGUUCUGAACCUUCUGUCAAAGAUGCUAAACUUGUGCUAUCUACUGACAGCUUUAAGUAUGGGUUGAGCAUUCUGCAGGGUAUACAAAGUGAAAGCAAAAGCUUGAAGAAAUCACUCAAGGAUGUGGUCACUGAGAAUGAAUUUGAGAAGAAACUUUUGGCCGAUGUUAUUCCUCCUAGUGACAUUGGAGUGACCUUUGAUGACAUUGGUGCAUUAGAGAAUGUUAAAGAUACCUUGAAGGAACUGGUGAUGCUUCCUCUUCAGAGGCCUGAAUUAUUUUGCAAAGGACAGCUGACUAAGCCUUGUAAAGGAAUUUUACUUUUUGGGCCUCCUGGAACUGGCAAAACAAUGCUUGCUAAGGCCGUUGCAACUGAGGCUGGUGCAAACUUUAUAAACAUUUCUAUGUCAAGCAUUACAUCAAAGUGGUUUGGUGAAGGAGAGAAGUAUGUCAAGGCAGUGUUCUCCCUAGCUAGUAAAAUUGCUCCUAGUGUUGUUUUUGUUGAUGAGGUGGAUAGCAUGCUAGGAAGACGUGAAAAUCCUGGAGAACACGAGGCAAUGCGUAAAAUGAAGAACGAGUUCAUGGUGAACUGGGAUGGUCUACGUACAAAGGAUAAAGAACGAGUAUUAGUGCUUGCUGCCACAAACAGGCCUUUUGACCUUGAUGAGGCUGUUAUUAGGAGGCUUCCUCGGAGAUUAAUGGUCAACUUGCCAGAUGCACCUAACAGAGACAAAAUUUUGAGGGUUAUCUUGGCCAAAGAGGAGUUGACACCUGAUGUUGAUUUGGAAGCAGUUGCAAAUAUGACAGACGGUUACUCUGGAAGCGAUCUAAAGAAUCUGUGUGUUACUGCAGCUCAUUGUCCCAUACGGGAAAUAUUGGAGAAAGAAAAGAAGGAGAGAGCUUUGGCUUUGGCUGACAACAGACCUUUACCUACACUGUAUAGCAGUUCUGACGUCCGUCCUCUGAAGAUGGAGGAUUUUAAAUAUGCACACGAACAGGUGUGUGCGAGUGUGUCAUCCGAGUCUACAAAUAUGAAUGAGCUACUCCAAUGGAAUGAUCUAUAUGGAGAAGGUGGAUCGAGAAAGAAGAAAUCUCUCAGCUAUUUCAUGUAAGAGGAAUCAUCUUUUUGUAUAGCAUUUCAUGCUUUCAAGUUUAUUCUUCAUCGCCUCAAUAGGUGGGCCGGUAUUUAUGGGAUUCCAUUGCAGGUCCUGUACCCCAUUGUAUUAUACAUAGGUUUUGAGUUAUUCUCUGUAGAAAUUUUACAAUAUUUUACCAUUAAAAUUUUAAUUUAAUUUAAUUUAUUUUAAA